AUUAUAAUGAAGAGCAUUGUUUACAUACUAUGUUCGUGAGCUGAAGUGCGAUUUUGUUGAGCAUGUUCUGAGAACAAUCGGAGACGCGGUAUCAUAUUUCCAAACUUCAUGUACGCCUUUAGUAUUCCGUGGCACGAUAUUGGAAGCCUUUUAAAAUAAUUAACGCUCCUUUUCGUGCGUAUGUUUUCAACUUAUGAUAUUGUUGCGCAUCAUACUGGUUAUUCUAUAUCGUGGAAACUUAACACUUGGUAACAUCAUCCCUUGUCCUCCUUGUGAUAUGAAGACGAACAAAAAAACUCUCCUCAGACAAGCAUGAUUACAAAAUCCACGUGGUUAUACCGUGAAUAAUUAUGUCUAAAGAGAUCUCAAGCAUUCAAGAGAAUUUUACAAUUGGUCUGUUCGUCUUGACGACUAUCCUCGCUUUUCUCUUAUGCUGUUUCGUUAAACGAUUUACGAAUAAAUCAAAGCAGAAUUAUGCUAUUGUCGACAUAUGUCGCUCUUGCUUUUGUAUCAUCACGAGUGUCUUUCGCUACACUAGAAGAAUAUGGAAGACGAUUUACAAUGGCCGUGACUCUAGUGAAGAUUUAAGUGAAAACAUCGACAUGUUGUCGAACGAUUUCCCAUUAACCAGACUUCUUGCUUCGUUAGAUUUGGUUGUAGCAUACUCCAAGGAGUUUAUCAACGAGUUAUAUUCUUCGCCAAAGCUUAAAGGAAAGCAAAAACGCUAUGCUCUUAUUCUUAAAAGCGCUAGCCCCGAAGCUAAGGCUGAGAUUGAGCGAUAUUUUAGUUCUGUUGUUGAAGAUGUAUUGACUGUUCAUCAGUGUGUUUGAAAUUUCACCAUUGUACGUAUCUGUUGCAAAAUUUGUGACAAAAAAUUAAUGGGAAAGUG